AUGGGUAAUCAGAUGACGCUUUAUUACGCAGAAGUCGAUGAGUCACAACGUGUUUCUGGUGCUGGUGGAGGAUUGGCAGAGGAGGGUGAAUUCAUUGAAAUUUUUGAAUGGCCUGUUGCAAAAUUGGACCUGUUGUUGCAAGCUAACCCCAAUCGACCCCCUACAAGCACCACCCUUUUAUGUGCACUCUAUUGGUUCAAGCUGAAUAUUCUGCCUAGUUUGACUAUCUAA